UAGGAUUUGUACAUAAGAAAAAAAUGAAGAGUUGUGAGCCUAAUUUGAAGAACCAAUGUCAGCAAAAUGGCACGGCAUAUAUUGUGAUCAAAGAAGAGAAGAACGUGAAUGAAUUAGGCAAUAACGUCCCUUCUCUUGUCCCCUACGACUAUUCUGAAGAAGAAGACGAAAAAGAACAAAUUAUAGAUGGAACACAAGGAUUUCCUAGUCCCAUGCAUGAAUUUGAAGGUUACAUCUCAGAUCGUAUGUUGUAUGACUCAGAUUCGCCCGAUUGUUAUAAGAUGCAUGAAGGUCCAGAGGAGUAUAACAUAUGGGUUGUUGAUAAGAAUUGUGAUGAUUCUCACUGCAUUGACAUUUUGAAGGAUAAUGGCUGCGAAUCAUGCUUUCUUAAGGGCGUAAAGUAUUUCCCUGGGAUCUUUUCUGCCAAGUUGGACAAAGAGCAGGUUAAAAAGUUGGAAGGCGAUAGUAGAGUCCGUCUUUUGCGUAUAGCAGAUGAUAUGUGCUGUGACUAGGCCAAAACUUAAAGAUUGCUUGCAGGCUCAUCUGAAGUUCUUUCCGCACUAUUAGCUGAACAUACAGAAGAUGUUGCAACUACUGGCUCCAUAUUCCUAUCACCACUAGUACCCACUUUGCUCAUUGGUGCAUCACACGCUUGAUUCUUUGACACAUGAUUUUUAGCAAUGUCUUCCCUAUCCAUAGGUUGAUCAGCAGAAUGAGGCUCCUGAGUAGGCUUUGCAGGCAAAGCUUCUGAAUCUCCAUUUGCUGGUGUCAUAAUGGACUGGUUGUGAGAAACUAUAUACUUAUGGGAAUAACCACUAUCCAUAUUAACCAGAGUAGAAUUAGCAGGAUUACUACUAUUCAGUUGAUUUUUGAGAAACUUUGAUUUUUUGAUGUUUUCAGUUGAUUAUUGUAUUCUUUCAGUUGAUUCUUGUAUUCUUUCAGUUGAUGUGUAAAUUCUUUCAGCUUGUGUUGUUUUUCAGUUGAUUAUUGUAUUCUUUCA